GGGCGGGGUUGGAUGUAUAAGAUGCCCUUGUUGCGCGCAAUGUAGUAGACUGACUGCUCGAUUACUGUUCUACCGUCGACCUGGAGUUAGAGGAAGUCCCAUCCUUAUCACUUUCUUGAUACCCUGCCAACCAUGGGCGAAGUCGAAGGAAUGAAGCACGGUGAAGCUGUUCGCACCUCGAGCCCGAACAGCUCCCCGUCGGAAGACAUCAUGCCGCGACCCACUGUUGCUGAAGAGGAGAAGAAGACAUUUGUCCAGAGAGUUAUGACGCCAGGUUCGGUAUGGCAAAUCAUCAUCGCCGCUCUUUUGGCUAUCGCCAUCGGUCUAGCCGUUACCACCACCGUAGACGAGGUGCCAGCCGCAGCCAUCACCAUUCUUGCGAUCCCGGGUAACCUCUGGUUACGCGCUUUGAGGGCAGUCGUCCUUCCCAUGAUUGUCACUGCCAUGAUUCUGGCUAUUCAGCGUCUGCGUAACAUGACACAAGGAGGUGGUGCAGCCGGUAAACUCGCUCGCUGGACGAUUGGCUACUAUGUGAUUACUACCGUCAUCGCUGUCGCCCACUCCGCCCUCCUGGUUGGGCUGGUAUGGAGCAAAUUAAUGAAUCCAGUCUCAGGCAGUGCCUUGGAUCUAGACGAGGACAACCAGGAACUUGUGGACGAGAGAAAAGAAACUGCUAUUCACGAUGUCGUCGAGGACAUGUUCUUCUCGCUGGUCCCACAAAACGUCGUCAACGCGCUAGCCACCGAUGCCCUUCUCUCGGUGUUAGUCAUGGCAGUCGUCCUGGGCUAUGUCAUCAAACCAGGAGGCGCGAUCCACCGAGCAGUCGAAGAAGUUGAGGUUAUUGUCCUCAAGAUCAUCACGGUCCUUAUCCACCUUGCGCCAAUCGGAGUGUUCUUUCUGAUCAUGCCAAACCUCUUCCGCCUCGACAUCGCUGAGAUUGGCGCGAACCUGGGCAUACUCAUCGGAGGAACACUAGUCGGCAUGUUUAUCCAUCUGUUUAUCAUAAUUCCCAUCAUCUUUUUCGCAUUCACCAGGAGCAACCCUUAUACGUUCUGGAUGAAGAUGAGUCCUGCUUGGAUCACCGCUUGGGGUACCGCAUCAAGCGCUGCGACCUUGCCGGUCACCAUCCGUUGCGUGUUGAAACAGGGAAUACCCAUCACAGUAACGAAAUUUGCCGUGCCUCUCGGUUGUUUGAUUAACAUGGACGGAACUGCUAUCUACUUUCCAAUCGUGGUUGUGUUUCUGGCUGCCACUCAAGGUAUUACGUUGAAUGCAGCUGAUUACAUCAUCAUCAUCUUGCUCUCGACCCUUGCGUCGAUCGGAACGACGCCUAUUCCAAGUUCAAGUCUGGUCCUGGUGGUUAUGAUUGCUUCCAGUGUUGACAUCCCUAUCACUGGAAUGUACGCCGUUGUCAUCGCCAUCGAUUGGUUCCUUGAUCGCUUCCGGACAGCAAUGAACGUCAGUUGCGAUACUUUUGCCGCCAAAGUCGUUACGCACAUAACGGGUAUUAAGGACGAAGAUGGACAGUCGUAUGAUGAGGCCGAGAACGUCGAUCCUAAUUCGCUCGGACGAACAGACGAAUCAAAAGUCUAGAUGUUCUCUCUCAGGUCCAACCUAAGGGGAUUUAAGUUUCCUGUUUUGUGUCACAGGAACCGAAUUUAUAAUGCCAUACUCUUUCAUUCAUGAUCAAUCGUUUCUCCCUUUUGGUGACGCCAGAAUUCUGUUAUCGUGUGAGACAAGCCCUACAGCAUC